AUAGUUGCACACAAAAGAUCGCAAGCAGUAAAGAGAAACAACUGAUUGAAGUAAUUUUAUCAGUGAUCAGAAGAAGAGAAGAGGUUGUUUUAGGGUUGAAUUGGGAUGGCGAGCUUCGCGAGCGUUCCAUCUCCGUCGUUAUUGUUUCGGACCCCUCAUCGCUCUCCUCGUUCUCUUGCCCUUACCCAAUUCAAGAAUGGUUUUGCUGGGCGAGUAUUGAUGCUUCGUGUAAAUUGCUCGUCGGACCCAAUUAGAGAUGUGGAGCCUGAAGCUGACAACAUUUCGUCGUCGUCGUCCUCAUCUUCUGGGUCUACGAGCAUUUCAUCAUACAAUUGGUAUGCAGGUCUCGGAGGCCUAGGGUUUCUGGAGACCUCCUACUUGACUUACCUCAAACUCACCAAUUCCGAUGCCUUUUGCCCCAUUGGCGGUGGCACUUGCACUGACAUCCUCAAUAGCGAUUACGCUGCUGUUUUCGGUAUUCCUCUUCCAUUGAUUGGAUUGGUCGCAUAUGGAUUAGUUACAAUACUUGGUGUACAGUUGGCUGGAAAGAACAUGCCUUUCGGGAUGGAUGAAACUAAUGGCCGUUUAAUUUUACUUGGUAGCACUACCUCCAUGGCUGCUGCCAGUGUGUACUUCUUGUACAUUUUAAGCACAAAGUUUGCUGGAGCAUCAUGCUCAUACUGUUUAGUGUCAGCACUGUUGUCGCUCAGCUUGUUUUUCAUCACUCUAAAGGAUUUUGGGUUCCAAGAAAUACAAAAGGCACUGGGUCUACAGAUCUGUUUAGCUGCCUUGGUGGUUGCUGCUUUAAGCACCUCAUAUGGUACUUCCCAGUCCAUCUCCCCAAGCUUGGAUCUACAACCAUUUACAACUGAGAUUACGACGGAAUCAAGUCCUAUAACUCUCUCUCUUGCAAGGCAUCUACAUUCUGUAGGAGCUAAAAUGUAUGGGGCUUUCUGGUGUUCACAUUGUUUAGAGCAAAAACAGAUGUUUGGAAGUGAAGCAGCAAAGCUAUUGGACUAUGUAGAAUGCUUCCCUGGCGGAUAUAGGAAAGGAACUAAAAUAGCCAAGGCAUGCGCGGAUGCUGGAAUUGAAGGGUUUCCAACAUGGGUGAUUAAUGGCGAGGUGGGGAGGCUCUUAUGUGGUUUUGAGUGGAGAGCAAGAAUUGUCAGAGCUUGCCAGAGCAUCUGGAUUUAAAUCUGAUGAUUUAAGUCAACCUAAUUAGAUUCAUCCACUGCUAAGUAUAUAGGUCAUGUACAGCUCCUGGAUCGUCUAUGGCAGCUUACAAACUAACUGUUCCAUAUGCUUCCUACUAUCUACAAGAGCUUGAGUUCAUAACAUACUGGAAGUAAUUUCUUUUGAGACGUAGGGAUGGGGGGAUGGGUAUUCUUUAUUAAAAGCAUUCGAGUACUGGAGGGUGAGGCACUGGUUGAAACUGCUGCUGCUCCCUUGCUCUGCUUUUAAAUAUUAUAGGCAAUAAUGUACAUAAUAUUUACGCUUGGAAUGUGCAAUACAAAGUUAAAUUAUUCUGUUACAA